AUGGCUGCGAUCGCUCCGCAAUUCCUGUCGCUCAAGUCUAGUGCAGGAUCGCUUCGUCGGUCUGCGAAAUCCCUCCAGCCAGCACAACAACUUUCGCAGGCUUCGCAACAUCCGACGCGACGUCGCCUGGCACUCGCACGCGUCGCAGCGCCGGAACCCGAACCACCCAGGUCCCGAACCGUCGCGCAAACCUCCACUCCAUCAACCAGCACCGCCGCAGCGCCCUUGUCUCCUUCCCCGUCUUCCGCGCUUCGCGAGCCUCCCGUUGAGAAGCGGCGGUUCGAGCACGUGCUCGAGGCGCAACAGUUCAACCGCGAUCUGCUGUCGGAGAUCUUCGAGGUCGCGGACGAGAUGCAGCAGAUCCUGGAGGGGCGCGGCGGCGCGGGGUGCUCAAACAUGCUGCGCGGGUACCUCAUGGCGACGCUCUUCUACGAGCCGUCCACGCGCACGCGGCUGUCGUUCGAAUCCGCCAUGAAGCGGCUCGGCGGCGAGGUGCUGACCACGGAGAACGCGCGCGAAUUCUCGUCCGCUGCGAAGGGCGAGAGCCUUGCGGACUCCAUCCGCACGGUGGAGGCGUACGCGGACGUGAUCGUGCUGCGGCACUACGAGGAGGGCGCGGCGAAGCUGGCGUCGCAAGUGGCGUCCGUGCCCAUCGUCAACGCGGGGGACGGGCCCGGCCAGCACCCCACGCAGUCACUGCUGGACAUGUACACGAUUCAGCGCGAGGUGGGGCGGCUGGACAACAUCCGAGUGGGGCUAGUGGGCGACCUGGCCAACGGCAGGACGGCACGCUCCCUGGCCUACCUGCUUGCCAAGUUCCGUAACAACAAGAUCAUCUUUGUGGCGCCGCCCGUCGUCCGCAUGAAGGACGACAUCAAGGAGUAUCUGACGGCGCGCGGCGUGGAGUGGGAGGAGUCGGCAGACCUGAUGGACGUGGCGGCGCAGUGCGACGUGGUGUACCAGACGCGCAUUCAGAAGGAGCGGUUCGGCGGGCGCAUGGACGAGUAUGAGGCGGCGCGCGGCAAGUACAUUGUGGACCGGCGUGUGAUGAACGCGCUGGGGAAGGAUGCCAUUGUCAUGCAUCCGCUGCCCCGGCUUGACGAGAUUACGACUGAUGUGGACUCGGAUCCAAGGGCAGCUUAUUUCCGCCAAGCUAAGAAUGGCGUGUACAUUCGGAUGGCGUUGUUGAAGCUCCUAUUGAUUGGCCGUUAG